CGCUCCCCGGGAGAAAGCGUCGCGGGUGGGGGAACGACCAUGGGGAGACAGAUCCCCGAGCCGCGGAGGGGAGAGCAACCACGCUGAGAAGCUUCCCGUCCAGAGGCAGCUCCGGCGGGGGGGGCGCUGACACCCCCACCCCGCCCCUCCAUCCCCACAAGAAUCUCCUGCCGCUGCCCCCGAGACGGAUGAAAGUUCCCGAGAGGACCGGGGGGGAGAGGCCGAGCCGAGGCUGGGUCUGUCCACCGCCCCCCCCAGCGGGCGUGUGACCUCGCCCCCUCCCACCCUCUCCACCCCUCGGGACUUCGGGAGGGGCGGCUGGGGCCGGGGCUGGGGCAGCCCGGGCGGUCCCCGACCCCCCAGCCCCGCGCGGCCCGCGCGGCCCUCGCUACAAAGUUGCAAAGCCCCCGCGUUCCGGAUGGAAUUCUGUGUUGCAGCUUAGUCCCGAAGGCGGAAAGAACGAGGGCGCGCGGGCGGGAGAGGAGACGCCGAGGGGAGAGCGGAGCGGAGCGGAGCGCCGGGGGAGCCUGUGCCUGCUGCGGCCGCUGGGCUGUUGACUCCCCGACGUUGGAAUAGUCCUCGCGGUGGGGGGAGGGGGUCCUUUGCCUGACCCUCCGCUCUUCAUUUAAAAAGAUUUCUCCGGGGGGUGGGAGACUUGGAGUUAUACGGUGGGUUCUUUUUAUUCCAUUUUUAAAAAACCGUCCUGGGGGUUGGAGUCAAGGUCAUCGAGCCGCUUUCCACUGGCUGUGGCGUCUAACCCCGGUGGAUCCCUAGGGGCAGCGAGGAGGACUGCCUGGCGUGGGGCGGCAAGCACGGCCGGGGCCGUGGAAAUGGAUGGGAAGGUCCGGCAGAGCCGCCGGUCUCGCUCCCAGAGGGACCGCGUGAGGCGGAGGGAGGCGGCCGCCCGCGAGGCCCGGAAUCAGAGCCCGUCGUCCGGCUCGGAAAGGGAGCCCAGCCCGGGCAAAGAGAACACGAGCCAGAACUGCGCGCACCCCCGGGGCGCGGCGGCGGCGGCGGCGGCGGCGGCGGCCGCCCCCCGAAACGCACGCCCUCCGCGCCGCCGGCGCCGAGAGUCCAGCUCCCAGGAAGAGGAAUUGAUCGAUGGCUUUGCGAUUGCCAGCUUCAGCACCCUGGAGGCCUUGGAGAAGGACAUGGCCCUGAAGCCCCAGGAACGGAAGGAAAAGUGGGAACGGCCGGCCAGCAAGAAGGCCCGAGAAUCUGAGAACUGCCCCUCCACCGAGCCCAGUGAGAACGGCCACGGCCCCCGGGACCCGGGGAACUCGGAGCGCGAGGCCGAGCGGGGCAAGGAGCGAGUGAAGAAGAAGAUCCCCUUCCAGCUCGCCACUCAGAUGAAGGUCCCUUCGGGCAAAGGCGGCAGCAGAAACAGUGAAGAGGACAGUGUCCGAGAAGCGACCAGCUCCCAGUGGAGCAGCUCCCGGGACCAGCUCAGCGACAGCUCCGCGCAGGCCUUCUCGGGACGAGGCUACUCCUGUGACAGCGAGAGCGACGUUGAUGACAAGGCUUCUGUGGGCUCCGAGAAGCUCUUCGCUCCAGCAGCUAGUAAAGGUUUCUCGCUGAGUGAGAAGCCCGAGGCAAAGGCUCCCGUUGGGCCUAAGGUCUCAGGGCUGGAGCGGAGCCGGGAGCUGAGCACCGAGACCCCGUUUCUGCCACCUGUGCCCAGCCCCCCGCCCCCCACGGUCACCACAGUUCCCAUAGGCCCCCCCUCCAGCACCCAAGCCAGCCCUUUGGUGAAGAAGGAGGCCCCUCCCCCUCCCCGCCUCACUCCACAGCCUCAGCAGCUGCAGCCUGCACCCCCGCAGCCCCGGGCCCCACCCCAAGCACACGUGGGGCCCCCCCUGGGCACCUACCCCGGCCAUCCCCCUGCCACCCACAACGGCCUGCACAGCCUCAGCAGGAGCAGCAGCGCCAGCAGUGCAGCCAGCCUCGGUCUCCCCAAGCACGUGGCACUGUCCCCCCACGGGCCGGGCCCGGCCCUGCCUCUGUCCAUCUCCAACCUUGCUACCUCGCACUUUGCGCUCCGUUCCCAAGCCCAGCAUCAGCACCACGCGGCGGCCAUGUUUGCUGCCCCCCCCACGCUGCCCCCUCCCCCAUCGCUCCCCACCAACAGCCUGGUUAUCCCCGGACACCCAGCCGAUCACGAGCUGCUCAGGAAAGAGCUGAACACGCGUUUUCUGGUCCAGAGCUCGGAGCGGCCCGGGGCCUCAGGGGGCCCGGGCUCGCCACUGCGGGCGGAGUUCCAUCAGCACCAACACACACACCAGCACAUACACCAAUACACAUUCGCCCCCUUCCCUCCCGGCCCGGCCUCCACGCCACCACUCCUCUCGCCCUCCGCACCCGCCCCCGCCCCGUUUGACAAAUACGCGCCCAAGCUGGACAGCCCCUACUUCCGACAUUCCAACGUGAGUUUUUUUCCAUCCUACCCUCCUGCCAUGCCCGGGAUGGCCCCCUUGCUUGCCCACUCAGGCCCCUUUGGGUCCCUACAGGGAGCCUUCCAGCCCAAGACGUCAAACCCCAUCGACGUGGCGAGUCGCCCGAGCGCCGUCCAUCACACCCUUCUACAGAAGACCCCGGGGGUGUCUGACCCCUACCGGACGCAGGUCAGGAAACCAGGAAAGUGGUGCGCCGUGCACGUGCAGAUCGCCUGGCAGAUCUACCAUCACCAGCAGAAGAUCAAGCAGAUGCACCUGGAUCCCCACAAGCUGGAAAUCGGUGGCAAACUGGACCUCUUCAGCCGGCCCCCCGCCCCCGGGGUGUUCCCUGGCUUCCAUUACCCCCAGGACCUGGCCAGACCACUUUUCUCAACCACAGGUGCUGCCCAUGCAGCCACCGCGCCGUUUGGCCCCUCGCCCCAUCACAGCAGCUUCCUGCCCACCGGCCACCUGACGGACCCUUUCAGCAGGUCCAGCACCUUCAGCGGCCUCGGCAACCUGGGGAGCAACGCCUUCGGAGGCCUGGGCAGCCACGCGCUGGCUCACAACAGCAUCUUUGCUCACAAGGAAACCCCAACCCUGCAGAGCUUUAACAACCCCCACGAGCCCUGGAACCGGCUCCACCGCACGCCGCCUUCCUUCCCAACUCCUCCUCAGUGGCCCAAGCCCGGGGACCCCGAGCGCAGCUCGUCCCUGAACAACCAUGACCGAGACCGGGACCCCGAGAAGGGCAAAGAGGAGCGAGAUCGGGACAUCAUGGACAAAAGCCGCCAUUCUAACCGCUCCUCCCCAGCCUCGGCGCCCGUGACCCAUCAGAUCAGCAACCUCAUCCGCAGCAACAGCCAGACCUCCAUGGAGCCCUCCCGGCCGGCCGGCCUGGGCGAGAGGGAGCCGCCCGACCGGCUCCGCGACGCCCCGCUGUCUGAGCACAAGGUCAAGGAGAGCCGCUCGCCCCUCAAGGAGGGCCUGGAGAAGCAGCCCCCCGAGGACGGCGGGAAGCCCCUCAUCCAGUCCGUGUCCCCCUACAGCAAGCCCAGCCUCAGCGAGAGCCUCAAGCUGAGCGGCCUCGUCACCGCCAAGGAGCUGGAGCGCAACCCGGAGCCGCUGAGCGACCUCUCCAAGCUCAAGAACGACGUCAAGGUCAAGGAGGAGCGCAAGGAGGACGGAGACGUGCUGGUGGUGGGGGCGGAGCCCUCGCGAGAGCCCGCCACAGCGCCCUCCCUGCACGGGCUGCCCCUGGCCCACUCGAUGGCCACUUCAGUGCCACUGGCCAUGGGGGGCGUGCACCCCAUGGGCGGCGUGAAUGUGCUGGACCGUUCGCGCGUGAUGACGCCGCUCAUGGGCAUGAGCCCCCUGACGGGGCGGGAGAGGCUCCCCCACCCGGGCUUCUCCUGGGAUCCGCUCCGCGACCCCCUGCGGGACACCUACCGCAGCCUGGACCUGCACCGCCGCAUGGACCUGCAGCUGCGCUCGGACUCCCUGCACCGCCUGCCCGCGGGCUCCGGCUUCUACGACCACGAGCGCCCCUACCGGGACCGCGAGCCCCACGACUACACGCCCGAGAGCCUGCUGGAGGCCCGGCGGGAGCAGCAAGAGCGGGAGCGCCUGCAGCUGCGCGAGGAGCUGGAGCGGGCCCGAGCACCACCUGCACCGCCGCCCAUGGAUGGGCACCUGGCGCACGUGCCCUCCUUCAUGCCCCACCUGGGCGGGAUGCACUACCCCAGACUGAGCCCGUCCGCCACUGCCCUGCACAACGGGAUCCUCAACAGGACCCCCCCCACCGCGGCGCUGAGCGCCCCGCCCCCCCUGGUGCCCGCCAGCGGUGCCCGGCCCCCCUCCCCACGCAGGACUACGCCCCUCACAAACUCUGAGGCCAGGGACUACUCCCCCUCCCGGAACCCCAAAGAAGUCGAGGCGCGGUAGUCCCCCUCCCCACCGAGAAUUUUAAAACUCCUGUACAUAAACAGAAUCUUUUACAAAAUGCACUGCUGUAAACUUUUUUUUUUUUUUAUGUAAAUUUGUAGAACUUUAAGCACAGUUCCAUAAAUCCUGGGGGUUAUACAAACUUUUCAACACAAAGGUUGUGUAGCAGGGGAAUUUAAUAUAUAGCAGAUUCUGGUGAUUUGGGGUUCAUGCACAGAAAUGGCUUAUUCAAAAAACAAAAAAAAAAAAUCGUUUGUACAUUUUUUUUCCCAAAUGUGAGAAGCAUUUUUGAUGCAUUUGUAUUUUUUUUUUAAUUUUGUGCUCUUGACUCGCUUUAAAAAAAAAAAAAAAAAGACUGGCUUUUUUUGUUCUUAGUUCGAUUUGCCGUUUAAAGUCCUCAGCUUAUUACUGAGAUUAUUCCCAGGGUUUCUUAAAGUCUUAUUUAUGGAGAAAACUGUUAUUUCAUACAGCGCACUGUGAGGCUCCUAGACGAGACCACCCGGUCCUUCCCUCCCCUUGGUACUUUGGAACCGAAGUUACAGAUAUAUAUUAAAAUAAUUAUUAAUAAUAAUAAUGUACAAAACUGUUUGUUUUUUGCCUUAUUAUAUUAUGCAGAAAUUUAAGAGGGAUUUUUUUGACUUCUUGUUUAAAAAAAAAACACCAAGGAAACAAUUGUAAAUAUCCUGUCAAUAUAUAUGUAAAACAUUAAAUUCUUAACAUAAGUAGACUUUAUAAAGAAAAACGGUUUCUAGAACCACUCUGGUUCAUAACAUGGUUACAGAACUCCUCUGCCAUCAAGCAGGAACAGUUUCUAAAGAUAAAUGAAGGUGGCAUCUAUAUACUUCAACUAUGCAAGAGCCCCAAGACAGGUUGCAUUGGGUGAUGGGCGGCGGGAAGGGGAUUUUCCAAAAUCGAGGCGCCAUACCACACCCAUUCCAACUUGUAGCUUUGGAAAGAGAACGGGAAAGGACACGUCCUGGGAAGAGAGAUUUUGCUUCUCCUAAACACGGAGAUGGUCCGGUGUGGGUCCGGAAGGGAUAGCAUAGAACGGAGGGGAGCAGAGGGACACCCUGAGUAGGGUUUGGGGCGUCCUUGCUGAGCGUACAGGGCAGCAGGAGGGACUGGCGGUCUCCGGGGCUAGCAGGAACAAUUUUCACAAUUUUCCAUGCAUCUUUAUGCUAAUUGUGCAGUGUUCUUACUGGAAUCAGUAAAUGAGACAAGUAGAAUAUUAGGAGUACUAAAAAAAAAGUCUACUGGUUGAUUUUUUUUUUUUUUAAUUAAAAGACAGAAGAAAUUCUGAUAUAUUCUCUCUAGUACAUGAAGACCAUCAGCCGAUGUUUGUUUCUGUGUGGUCCUUUGGCCGUGGCCUCUGUGGUAUGACUUGGUUUUGGUUUCCAGUUUUACUUUCGUGCAUAUAUAUAUAAAUAUACACACACAUAUAUAUAUAUGUCACCAUGUUUUCCUUGCUGUACACCUUCCUUAUGUGUUUAUUUUCCAAUGCCCAUGUUUUAUAUAGACUUAUCUCUAUCCCGGGUGCUUUGCCCUCGUUAAUUCUACCAUUCACUGCUGUUUUCUUUCCUCAACGCUGUAUUCUCCAUCCCCAUCCUUCCCUCACAACCCCCUGUAAUUUUAAACUUUUCGUUUCCUUGUAGAUCAAUGAAGAUAAAUACAACAUUGAUUUUGGAUGAAAA